CUCUGUAACGUACAGUUUGGCAGACAGACUGCACAGCAGUUCUGAGAUUAAUGGUUCAAGCAGAAACGCAGCAGAUGGAACUGAAAUCUUUUUAUCUGUGGCUGUCCUGUAAAAACACUUUAGGACCCAGAGGGAAUGUUGCCAGACAGGACUAACUUCUUCGGGAGUGAUGGCCAAUCACUGAGAGGAAGGGCUUUGAGUGGGGAGCUGUGGAAAGCUGGUUUAAAAUAUUAAAUUAGAAAAGUGGUGUUUUCUAGCAAUGAGCACUCGAGCAAUUGCCAAGCCCUGGAGGCACAUCUGAUUCAAUGUUUAAAGCAGGGUGUACUAGCAGUGCAGGAGGUUACUGGAGACAAGGAAGGUGGACCAGCAAUUCCCACAGGAUGCCUUAUAUUGUAAAGCUCUUUUUGUUGAUCUUUUGUUUGGUCCUUCUUGGGGAGAGCAGAAAGCAUAGGAGGAGGAGAUGGACGGGACAGAUAGAGAUGCAGAAGGCAAGUCACAUAUAUAAAAAGAACCAUGAUGUAACAAAAGUUCGGAAAGGAAAAACUGAACAACUCCUGAGGGUGGAUGACCAUGAUUUCAGCAUGAGACCUGCCUUUGGAGGCCCUCCUAUUCCUGUUGGGGUUGAUGUGCAGGUUGAAAGCUUGGACAGUAUUUCUGAGGUUGAUAUGGACUUCACAAUGACACUGUAUCUGAGGCAUUAUUGGAAGGAUGAGCGUCUCUCCUUUCCCAGUCAUACUAAUAAGAGCAUGACUUUUGAUGGAAGGCUAGUGAAGAAGAUCUGGGUGCCUGAUGUCUUCUUUGUUCACUCUAAAAGAUCCUUCAUUCAUGACACAACUACUGACAAUAUCAUGUUGCGGGUAUUCCCAGAUGGUCAUGUUCUCUAUAGUAUGAGGAUCACAGUGACAGCAAUGUGCAACAUGGACUUCAGCCGGUUUCCACUAGAUUCCCAGACUUGUUCCCUGGAGCUGGAAAGCUAUGCUUACACAGAUGAAGAUCUAAUGCUCUACUGGAAAAACGGGAAUGAAUCUCUGAAAACAGAUGAGAAAAUUUCCUUAUCUCAGUUUCUAAUACAAAAAUUUCAUACAACCUCUAGACUCGCUUUCUAUAGUAGCACAGGUUGGUACAAUCGCCUCUACAUUAGCUUCACUUUACGUCGUCAUAUUUUCUUCUUCUUGCUCCAAACUUACUUUCCUGCCACUCUUAUGGUCAUGUUGUCCUGGGUAUCCUUCUGGAUCGACCGCAGAGCUGUGCCUGCAAGAGUUUCUUUAGGAAUAACAACAGUGCUGACCAUGUCUACCAUCAUUACGGGUGUCAACGCCUCCAUGCCUCGGGUUUCCUACAUCAAAGCUGUGGACAUUUACCUCUGGGUCAGUUUUGUGUUUGUCUUCCUCUCAGUCAUAGAGUAUGCAGCAGUGAACUACCUGACCACAGUUCAAGAGCGAAAGCAGCGGAAGCUGCGAGAGAAGUUUCCAUGUACAUGUGGAAUAUCUUCUACAAAAACUGUGCUGCUCGAUGGUACCUACAGUGAUUCAGAUGUCAGCAGCCUAGAAAGAUAUGCAAGAGGUCAGAUAGUGACUGAGGAGGAUAAGCAAGACAAGAUGGUGAUCCAUUUGACCAUGCAUAAUGAGCCUAAUGCAUCAAAGAAAAAAGGGCUCAAGGGAUAUGUGAACCUUCGUAUCAUCCAGAACACUCAUAUUAUUGAUAACUACUCAAGGUUACUAUUCCCAGGCACCUAUAUAUUUUUUAACUUGGUAUAUUGGUCUGUCUUCUGCUGAAUAUAUAGUGUCAGUGGGGCACCCAGAAGUCAUUUACAAGAGAGAGAGGUGAGGAUUCUAUUUCUCCUGGUGCACUUUUGGAACAUGAAAGCUCUGCAUGUCACAAACUUGUAUUGGAUACUGUUUAUUUAUAACUGCUUGCAAUUAUUUUUUAAUUUAUGUUAGUCUCAUUGUUCAUACUUGAAACGAUAACCUGUUGACAUCUGAAUUGCAUGCAACAUGGGUACCCGCAAUAGAUCCUAAGAUUGCCAAGUCAACCCUUCAACAAUAAGAGAUAAGGCGGAGUUCUGAUCUGCUUUGUAAAUUCAAUUGGUACUGUAGAAAUAAUGAAAAGUUCUAACAUUUUAAGGAGGAAAGUGUUCACUUGGAACAUUCUUAUCAUAAAGGACAGAUGGCACUUGUAAACAGGUCUGUUCCAUGGUCUGUUCACUAUAGACUAUAAAUCACUUAAGAUCAUCUUCCUAGUUGCUUUGGGAGAUGGUUGAAGAGAUUCUGAAAAGGGCAGGUCCUAUUAGGAUACUGCAGAAGAACACUGCUUUUUAUAGAGUGUCAGCAUGAACAAAAAAGGUGUAUUGAGGGUGGGGGAAAUUCCAGCCAAAUAUUUCAAAUAUUGUUGUGUAAAAUUACGCAUCCUGGUGGAAGUUUUGCUUCCUUGUUCACCCUUGUCAGAUAGAACUUUGAAUUCUCACAUAUACCUACUUUUCUGUAUAUUAAAUCAGUUACCAAUCAGCUUACAAGCAUUCUAUGCUAAGAAACAAAGUAAAACACUGUAUGUUUUCUAACUUGUUUCACUGACAUCAUGAGGAUGUCUUGAUAUGGCAGUAGGGAUAUUUAGGAGUGGCCGAUGAUGCCUAGGUGACACCAGGGUAUUUCCAUUAAUAUUUUAUCAUGUUUCUUUCUUUAUUAUGUUUCUUUCUCCCCACAUUGAAGGAGGGUUGCAGCACAAUUCUUUGCAAAGUUCCAUCCUUGUAAGUCCAUUAAAAUUGCAUGGUUAGUAACAACAAUGUAGACUUUUCCCAGCAUUUUAAAAUGUAUUUAUUACAUUUGCUACCCUGCUCUUCCCAGCCAAACAGCUGAGUUCAGAGUGGCUUACACAUAUGAUUAAAACAUAAACAAUACAAUAUACAAUUCAAUGAUAACAAACCCCCAAAAUAUCCAAUACUAUAAUGGUACCCAGUGAUGGUGACUUAUCCAUUUAAAACUCCAAUAGACUCCAACACAGGGCCAUAGUCUAACUAAAACAACAGCAAUAUCUCCUCCCCAUUUAUGAUCCAGAUUUACCAAAUUUGGGAAAGUGUAGUGGGAACAAAUAUUAGGAGGCCAGCAAGUUGAAACAAACACCCAUAAUUGUCUCAACCAAAGACCCAGUAGAACAUCUCCACCUUACAGGUCCUGCAGAACUGAAGUAAAACUCACAAGGCCCUUGUCUCUGGAGACAGAGAGUUCCACUGGACUGGACCCAGGCCAAAAAACGCCCUGGCUCUUGUUGAGGCCAGCUGGAUGGAUAUCUUGGGGCCCGGGAUUACCAAAAGGUUACCACCGGCUCAGUGAAGCAAUACUAAGUGAUGUGGUCCUUCAGGUAUGAUUUCGUCCUUUGGGGAUUGGGCGGUAUAGAAAUCCCAUAAAUAAAUAAAUAAAUAAACCACUCAGGAUCUUAAAGGUUAGCACCAAAACCUUGAAAAUGACCCAGAAUUCAACUGGUAACCAGUGCAGCUAGUGGAGCAUGGGUCAAACAUGCACUUUUACGAGAGUUCUGUUAAGAACUCUCACCACUACGUUCAUGACAACAACUGAAUGGGAAGUUAUCAUUUAAAAAUUUACCAGACAACCUGCUGCUUCUCCUUUGUGAUAGGGUUGUCGAGAUGAGCAUCAUGGAUAACACCAUUUAAAAGCAAUAAAAGCCUAAUGGCUCCUUGGGCUAACAGAAGUAUUAUGACACAAGCUUUUGUAAACAUCAUCUAUUUUGUCCUGGCAGUUGGCAGAUUUUACAGGCAACAACCUUUUUGGAAAUGUCAUCUACCCAAAAAUAUCUUCCCCAUCAGGUGUUCAAUUCUCAGGGCUGAUUUGCUCCUCUCCCCCUGUCCCCUGUAAUUGACACUCAUCUGCUCUCAACACUCCUUCCCUUCUGGAACAAUAUUUAGUCCUCAUUUAACCAUUAAACAUUUUUGUUGUUUAAUUUACAAAGUCAAUCAAGUAUACAGAGGCCCACCCCUUGUUUGUGGGUGGACCAACUUAAUAACCUUUGUCAUCAACUUAACUACAGUGAAACCUCAAUUUUUGUC